AUGGGCAAUCGGGAGCCGACGGAAGCCGAAAAAAUUCGAGAAGCUCUGGAGAACUUCGACGCUCCGAGAUUUCGUCCGCCUGAAGAAGCGAGACUUUUGAAGAAUUACAGCGCGCAGUUUUCGCCUUUGGAGACGCCGCCGCCGAUUGCGGAAGGAUCGCCGAUGAUGGCGGCGUCGUCGUCGUCGCCGAUUCGCGGCGAUAUGGAAUUUCCGCCGAAUUUGCAAUCAUUCGCCGAUGUCGACGAUUCGAUGCCGGCGAAUUUGGCUGGAAAUGAUGGAGGCGAGUUGAGGGAUUUGGAUCGAUUCAAAAUGGACUUGCCGUCGGAGAUUUAUCCCGACGAUCCGAUGCCGAGAAUGAUUCAGACGCCGCCGAUGAACUCGCUGAAAUUCAAUCUUGGCGAGAAUAUCGCCAACGAUAUCGACAAUGGAUUGAUGGCGGGACGACCAGCGGCGGAUAAUUCGAAAUUUGAUGUUGAUGAUGUCACACGGGACUUAGGAAAUAUUCGAUUUGAAAACCAGCAAAAUACAAUCCGCGAUUCUCAUUUAUCGUCGUCGGACGACUACAACAGUCGCGAAAUAUGUGCGCAAUGUCGAGCCGAAGACGAUUAUAUGGAUCGAUUGCGACGAAAAGCUGACGAGGAGAGGCGAAAAUACGAGGAGAUGAUGAGAAGGGCGAAAAUCUACGAUCACGAGAUGCACGAGAAGGAAGCCGCGUUCAAAAAGGAAGAAGCUGAAAGAAAUGCGGCGUUGAGGGAGCACAUCGAUCGCGUCAACGCCGAAUUGAUCGAAUUGAAGCGAAAUCGAACAAAAUCGCCGCCGCAAGAGAAUUACAUAUUUCGACACGAGUCGCCACGCGCGCGACUCGACGAAACGCGACGACGUCAAGACGCGUAUCGCGCCGAAUUGGAUCGUCAGGUCGAGGAGAAGCGCGUUCGGCGAAUCGCCGAAUUCGAGACGGCCGAAGCGUUGGACGCGAUGAGUAACGCGCGUGCGGCGCUCGAGUUUGCCAACGCGCGCGAAGCCGAGAGGAAGUCGGCGGAGCACGCGAAGGAAUUGGCGAGGAAGCAGCUCGAGUUUCAGAACUGGUUGUGGUGGGCCGAGCGACCCGAUGAGCAUGGUUGGAGGGAUGCCAGAAUGCGGAGCAUGACGCACACGAAUCAAGUCGAGCGAAAUGUGAUUAUAAAGGAGUCGAUUGGCAAACUCGAGGACUUCAAAUCGCGUCAAUCGCACGAUGAUCAGGCGAUGCGCGAUCUCCGCCGCGCGAAAUACGAUCGAAUUCGCGAGCAGCUUCACGAGAACUCGAAAAUGAUGUACCCGUUGACGAAGACCGAGAGUCGGCCGAUCAUUGUGCAGCCGGAUCCGCGAGUCGAGGCGGCGUGGCGAGAGGCGCACGAGAAGUACGACAAAAAGUUCCGUGUGCUUCAGGAGAACCCGAUGCGCAGCAUCUCGGGAACGGCUCUCGAUGGUCCGACGACGUCGACGCAUGCGACGACGUCUUGCCGACGAUGCGCCCGGUGUGCAAGGCCGCUGGAGCGCAAGAGCACGUUUACGGUGCAUCGCGGCGAGACCAUUUUACCGAACACGUUUAAUAAUUGA